UACAAAUAUCGCAUAAUUAGGAAUAUAUUUAUAUAUAUAUAUAAAUGUGUGCAUGCAUAUAAAUUUAGUUGGUGUAAAUUGUAGAAAUGAGUGACUUAAGUGAGAAAGUGUUAAUAACGAAAAAUGCUUUAAUGCUCGCUUUAGGCGAAAAUGCUUCCAAGUAUACGGCUAAUAUGAAAUUAUGGUUUCGUCACAAAUGGUCUAAAGAAGAAUUUGAUUAUGAAUCGCGUAAAUUUCUUACAGCAGACAAAGUGCAUUUACACAAUCAGUUCCUGUUAGCCAUUCUUAAUAAGAUUGACGCAUUCCAAAUACCACAGCAACAAUCCUCUCCGACGAAUACAAUAUCACAUACUGUAGGCGGCAAUGGUAAUAGCGCGGCAAAUAGCGGCAGCGGUAAUCGCAAAGCUAAACGCAAGCGAUCUUCUCGUGCUUAUAGUGAUCGAGUUACAUUCGAACCGUAUGAUUUUUUGGAUUUCAUAGUAGAAGACAAUAUGAAAUGCAUACGUCCUGCAUCCGGAACCGAAGCAAAUGUCCAAAUUUUACCUACGCAACGUUACUCUGUGCAUGAGUUGUUUCUGCCAGACGCUGGUUUUAUACUUGGGCGUUUCUUAAUCGGUGCAUGGGAGAGCGGCUUGGUAAAUGUGGAAGAUAGUGUGGCUGAAUAUGUAGCUGCCGCCGUGCAAGUGCUAUUAAAAAAUUUAAUAUCAACUAUUAUUAUGAAACGUCAGCAUUACAAAGUAACUGGCGAAGGUUCGUUCUAUUACGAUGUUGGAGCUCAAUUGAAAGAUCCUUCAGUUAGAAAUACUGUAACUAGACAAAAAGUGGAUGAUAGCCCUUUAGAAUUGGACAAGGAAAUUACGUCGCCAAAUUUUAUGCGCCGUUCGAACGAUGAUGCGGUUUUUUUGUCUGCAUGUGAGGAAAUAUAUCCGAGAACGAAAAAUGUUAUAACCCUUAAGGACUGCCAAAAAGCGUUUACAGAUCAUAACGUAAUUGCGUCUCAUUCAGUUUAUGCAAUUAAUAUGGAACGUCUUACGCAAAUGAUGCACUGAUGACAAAUAUAACAAAAUUUUUUCAAAAUGAUUUAUUAUAAAAAAAAAGGAAGAAUAU